AUGGCGGGAGGAAUAGGGUUGGGAGACACGACGUACACGAAGGUGUUUGUGGGAGGCUUGGCUUGGGAGACGCACAAGGAGACGAUGAAGAAGCACUUUGAGCAGUUUGGGGAGAUUUUGGAAGCUGUUGUCAUCACCGACAAGGCUUCCGGCAGAUCCAAGGGCUACGGAUUCGUGACAUUCAGGGAGGCGGAGGCGGCGAGGAGAGCUUGUGUGGACGCUACUCCGGUGAUCGACGGGAGGAGAGCAAAUUGCAACCUUGCAUCCCUUGGUCUUCAAAGAUCCAAACCCUCCACUCCUAAUCAUGGUGGACAAUAUGGAGUCUAUGGAAACGGUGGAGGCGGUGGACUAACCGCAGCAGCCGCUCCUUUUUAUCCUUGCGGUGGUGGUGGUAGUAGCAAUGGCGGUGCGGUUCACUUCUCUCAACCACAACCAUUUUAUCAUCAAUUCUCUUCUUAUACCAACCCUCACCAUUACUCUCCUCCCACCAUUUCUCUUCAACAAGGUUCGUCUUCUCCAAUAUCGAAAAUGAGAUGUGAUCUCGAGUAA